AUGUCGGUCAAGAAGAUCCUCACCAUCUUUGGUGCCACCGGCAAGCAGGGCGGCUCCGUCAUUGAUGUCGUCCUUGCUCAUCCAGAACUCGCAGCCAAAUACGAUUUGAGGGGUAUCUCUCGAGAUCCCUCCAGCGGGAAGUCCAAAGCAUUGGCCUCCAAAGGCGUCGAAGUGGUUCAAGGAGAGCUCGAUGACCUCGAAUCUCUCAAGAAAGCCGUCAAAGGCUCGUAUGGUGUCUUCGGCGUUACAGACUUUUGGUCGAUCCUGGACAAGCAGCGAGAGAUCCGACAAGGCAAAAACAUCUUCGAUGCCGCCAAGGCUGAGAAUGUCCACCACUUCGUCUUCUCCAGCCUGCCAUACGCCGAGAAGCUCACGAAGGGCGAGCUGAAGCAUGUCGACCACUUCGAUUCCAAAGCACAGGUUGCAGAAUACGCCGAAGCCAACAAGGGCGACAUGAUCUCGUCGUACGUCAUGCCAGCCAUGUUCAUCGACUUCGCCAAGACCAUGGUCAACGUCGUUGAAGGGAAGCCAACUCUCGCCAUGCCAUUCCCAUCAGACGACAUCGCCUGGCCACUCAUCGAGCCUCGCCGAGAUCUGGGCAAGUACGUCCUCGCCGUCUUCGAAGCGGAAUUCAAAGCCAACGGCGUCCACGUCCACGCCGUGUCAACCUGGACGACCCCGAAGAAAGUCGUGGCCGCCCUCAGCAACGAGGCUGGUCAGGAGGUCGUCUUCAAGAUUCUCCCGGGUCAAGUCUUCGCUUCGUUCUUGCCUGAGAAUAUUCGAGAAGAGCUGCUCGAGACUAUUCUGUUGGUGGGGAAUUACUCGUACUAUGGUCCGGGAGAGGAGAAGAAUCAAAAGGAGCAUGACAAGUGGUUGGUGCCUGGGUCGGAGCUGAUUUCUUACGAGCAGUGGGCGAAGGAGAAUGGGCCUUGGAAGUACUGA